AUGUCGGGCGAAGCGUGGUUAUACCUCUUCGCGGUGCUGAUCAAUGCCGUCAACCUGUUCCUACAAGUCUUCUUCACCAUCAUGUACAGCGAUCUCGAAUGUGACUAUAUCAACCCCAUCGAUCUCUGCAACCGCCUGAACACCUACAUCAUCCCCGAGGCUGCCGUACAUGGGUUCCUCACCUUCAUGUUCCUCAUCAACGGGUACUGGGUAGCGCUCGUCCUCAACCUUCCCCUACUGGCCUGGAAUAUCAAGAAGAUUGUUGAGAACACUCAUCUACUAGACGCAACCGAGAUCUUCAGGAAGCUGAAUGUCCACAAGAAGGAAUCCUUCUUCAAGCUCGGGUUCCAUCUGGUCAUGUUCUUCUUCUACCUUUACAGCAUGAUCGUCGCUCUAAUCAAGGACGAAACGAAAUAA